GUGAGAUCUACUCUCAUGGGUGAUGUUCUGUCCAGGAUUAUACUACACAACCAUAAACAGGGUUCUUGUGAGAAGCUCACUCCAAGCCAGGAUCUGAAUAUCCCAUGAGGACACGAUGUGGCAGUCUAAUGAGAGUCAGUACUGCAAUCCUACUGAAAAAUCAGAUUAUGUGGCGAAUGUGUUAGAGCUUAUGGCAUGCCCACGGCAGUGACUGUACACAACGAGCGCCUACUUACAACUGCCUGUUUUAUGGACUAGAGACUCUCCACUCCUUUUCCACAAUUUCUCCUCAUCAUGAAGAUGAAGUCAUACGCCCCAUCAUCUCCUAGCAUCACCCUACUGCUCUUUCAUUCUUUUCUCCUGCUGUUUUUAGCACCAGAUCUGGUGUGUGGUGACUGCUGGCUCAUCGAAGGGGAUAAGGGCUACGUUUGGCUGGCUAUCUGCAGUCAGAACCAGCCGCCGUAUGAGACAAUCCCACAGCACAUCAACAACACCGUGCAAGACUUACGGCUCAACGAGAACAAGCUCAAGGCAAUAUUUUUCUCCUCGCUGAGCCGCUUUACCAACUUGACAGACCUCAACCUGACCAAGAACGAGAUCUCCUACAUUGAGGAUGGUGCCUUUGCUGGCCAGGCUAACCUCCAGAUGCUGCAGCUGGGCUACAACAAACUGACCAACCUGACAGAGGGCAUGCUGCGAGGUCUUGGACGCAUACAGUGCCUCUUCCUGCAGCAUAAUCUUAUCGAGGUUAUCGCCACAAAUGCCUUCUGGGAAUGCCCCAGCCUCAGCAGCCUGGACCUUUCCUCUAACAAAUUGGCUCGUUUAGACCCAUCCACAUUCAGAGUAUUGGGAAGGUUGAUGGUGUGUGAGCUUGCAGGGAACCCUUUUCACUGUGGCUGUGAUCUCUACAGCUUCCUCAUUUGGCUCGAGGCUUUCAACAACAUCACACACACCUACGAUCGACUUCAGUGCGAGACUCCACGAGAGCUUUUUGGCUACCCAUUGCUAAGUCCCGAAGGAGGACCAGGUCGAAGUGCUCUUAACAUCCUUGCCUCCAUGUGCAGAGAUGGCGUGUUUAUUCCAGGGAUGACUUCAUUGCCACCAGAUUUGGAGUCCUCAGGCAUGGGGCCUGAUAUGUUUGAUCGUAUUGGACCAUACCAUCAGCCCACAACCUCAUCCUCCUCUGAGAAUACGUUUAGCCCUAGUAUCUUACUUCAGCAUGUGUCCCUUUCUUCAGCAUCCUUGCUUGUGCAGAUCCCACGGCCCUACAGCAAGAUGUACAUUUUGGUGCAGUACAAUCACAGCUUUGUUUCUGAUGUGAUGAAUCUGAAAAAUAAGAAGGAGUUGAUUACAUUGAACAAGCUCAUGACUAACACCAACUACACUUUUUGUGUGGCCUCCAUUCGCAACUCACAGCGUUUUAACCACACAUGCCUUUCCUUUUCCACUCGGACUCCCACUACAGAUGACUUGCUGCCCACCCCGUCCACUACUACACAUUACAUUAUGACCAUUGUGGGUUGCUUGUUUGGGAUGCUGAUUGUUCUCGGGUUGGUGUAUUACUGCUUGAGGAGGCGUCGAAGGCAAGAAGAGAAAGAGAAAUCCAUUUGCGUGAAAAAGACUAUCUUAGAAAUGCGAUAUGGACCUGAAGUUGCAGCUGCGGCUGCCAACGAUCCAACAGCAGUGCAGAAGCUCCAUGAUCAGGCCCACCAUCAACAUCACCAUGGCAAGCUCCCCAUGUCCUCCUCCAGUUUAGGCAUGCUGGGUCAUGGCCCUGGCAAUACCAGCUCCUCGCGUCUCUCCACCAUUCCUCAAGUAGAGAAACUGGCCACAGCUUUCUCCGAGGCAGUGGCAACCAAGGGCAACUACAUGGACAUCAGGACUUCAGGAGCUGGAGAUGAUCGAGGGCGAGAUGGAUUAAGGCAGCCUAUUAGAGCAGAAGAUCUAAUGGAGGAAGAUGGAAGUGACCUGGGAGAUGACUCAGAUGAUGAUGAUGGUAGAGGGUCAGCAUCAGAGAUCUCCACUAUUGCAAUGGAAGUUGACAAGGUCAACCAGAUCAUUAAUAACUGCAUAGAUGCACUUAAACUCGACUCUGUCGCAACUGCCGUGUCCUCUGCUGUCACAUCGAGUGGAAAUCCCACCUCACCACCACCUAGUAGCACUUCCUCCAUAACCAGGGGGCUAAUUCCACUCUCACCUAGUGUCAGUGAGGCCUGCCAUGUGCUGCCCUCCCCGAAAAUCCCCCCUCCACCUCCCCUGCCUCUAACAACUGCCCUUUCUGAAAGGCCAGGAAUCACAGGAGGAGGCUUUGUAUCACCCCCUUAUCGCCAUCCUCCACCAGCCACGGCAGUGAGACCUAUUCAAAGACAGAUGAGUGCAGAUGCAGCUGUGAUUGUCAGCUCUGCAAAGAAGCAUUGUGGCCCUGGGGGAAAAGCUCGGGUGUACAGCCUGGAUGUGCCAGAACCACGCAGUCCUGAUCCCUGCCAGUUUCCUGAGAAAAGCAGCCCAGUACGGUGUGGGGAACCUCUGGAUAGAUUACCCUUAGUUGGUGGUGGUGGUCGCGGUGUGGGAUGUAACAUGGAUGGAGUCACAAUGGACGGCAUGAGCCUUCAGCAGCACCUGGAGGUACAUCCAGAUUUCCACUGUGCAGAGCAUCGUCACUCAGUCCCUGCCCUUUACUAUGAAGGCUCUCAUGACUCCCCUGCACAAAGACCCUCAUUCCUCAAACCCCUAUCACGUGCCAAGAGAGACGCUGCUUCUUAUUCUCAGCUCUCGCCCCACCAACACAACUACUCUGGGUACUCGUCCAGUCCAGAGUACUCCUCGGAGAACACUCUGAGAAUCUGGGAGCGCUUCCGUCCAUACAGAAAAGGUCCACGUGAAGAGUCCUGCUACAUUACAGCCGGAAACGCACUGCGCAAGAAGGUCCAGUUCGCUAAGGGGGAGGACCUACAUGACAUCCUGGACUAUUGGAAGGGUGUUUCAGCACAGCAAAAGCUGUGAAGCAGUCAGGAUCGAAUGCACUAGGCUUCUACAGGGCCUUAAUCGAUUCAAGAUCCUCUGCGCAGAUGUAGCCAGGAGGAUGGCUUGUGUGUACAAAGCAAGGUUGAGUAUGUCAGAGUCUGAGGACAAGUUGUACAGGAUGAGUCAUAAAAGAGUAAGAGAAAAAGAAACGGAGAAAGAAAGAGAAUCACAAUACAGCCCACGUCUAUGGUAGCAUUAAUUUAAAUCUAAUUUUAGACUCAUUCGCUGAAGCAAACUCAUGCUUCUAGUUGUUCCAUAGGGCAUCAUCAUUUGCUGUAAAACACUUGUGUUCACCUCACAUUUAUCUGUGAAUCCAUUGGUGGUGUCAAUGGUGACCUCUGUAUCUCGAGUUCUCAUUCAGUACUCCAUCUCCCACGUGAUUCGCAGCUACUGCAUUCAUUUCUCAAUUAACCGUGUGUGUGUGUGUGUGUGUGUGUGUGUGUGUGUGUGUGUGUGUGUUUUCGGAGGCUGCACUGAUUUUCUAUAAAGCUGCCAAAACCAGACUUUUUCAUCUCUGUUACAGAGCUGCCAGAUUUCCAUUUCAAUAGGAUCUCAAAAAAAGGGAGGAUAAGCAAGAAGAAAUGCAAAAUCUGAAAAAUAAACGAGUAGAAAGAGCCGA